UGAAAAUUAUUUACUUACUGUAACAAGUAGUGCCUAAGAUCAAUUUAAAUGUACUUUAACAUUGCCUAAAUGUUAUUUAUACAGUAUCAUAAAUGUGUAUGCUGCUUUAUAAAAUAUGACAAGAUUACCCGCAGCCAUUUCACAUAUUCCAUGUUAUUAUUAUGACUUACUGUGUUUUUAUGGUAGUGCUCACAAUGUGCUUGGUGCUUUCCAAACACUGAAACAUGAUUUCUGCUCUGAGGAGUUUACAGUGUAAGGAUAGACAAGUGCACAGAGGUUAGGGGAAAGGAAACACGUGUGACAGAUAUGGCAUUUUCCUGCAAUAUCCUUGGGAGACCUUAUGGAAUUAACUUUAAGUAUCUUUGGGGUCCAUUGUAUUAAUGAAUGUACGAAUGGUUUAUGUUUUAUUGUGGGCCGGGAUUGUAUGUAACACCUCGGGAGAGAGGGGAUGCGAUGUGAGACCUGGGUGUUCAAAAGACUAUAUUGAACAAUGUGCCACACAAGAAUGCACUUUUGGAACAAAGUGUGUUAAGUGGUUUCCCUGGGGAAUAUGUAGGGGGUGGUGAAUGCAAAUUCCCCACCUCCGAUGAUGCCAAAACUCAGCCCUUUGAAGCUGUGCCUUCAGGGGUGGGCCAUUGUCUGCUGAUUACUUGUUACAAGAGAUCAAGAUCAAAGACCCAAGUUGUUUAAAGGAAAGACUGAGCUAUUCAUUGUAGCUUUGAAUCUGAGACAGUUAUGAACUUGUAACCAUGGGGGAAACCCCCUUGUGGGUUUUGAAGAACUGAUACCUAUCAGAGAACUAGAUUGGAGUUGGGGGGUAAUCUCUGGUAAACUUUUUGUAUGUGUGUAGGUUCUUUUAUUGUUUUCUGUAUCAUGUUCACACCUUAAGAAUAAAUGUGCUUGCUUAGAAAGAGCUGGUAACUCUGGCAAUUAUACUGUUCAUAGACUCUGGCAAGAAAGCAAAGUGCUGACCUAGCUUGUUUAGGCAGUCUGGCUUGCUGAGGAUAGCACUGUUUAGGCAGGGAAUUGUGCAGCCUGGGAAAACCCCAAUCAGGAGGGAGAGGGACAUGGGCCUCUGAGGACCCUUGAGUGAGUGCCCUUAGUGGAUCAUGGAGGGGGAAUAUAGGCAACAGGCACAACAUGCUCCUCACAUACAGGUCAUCUUAAUUUACUGUCAGCACCAUGGCAGGAGUCUUCAAGAGGAAUUUGGACGCGGCAGGGCAAGGGCACUGCAGGUGAACUUGAGCUGUACCAUGCAUAGGGGUACAUGUGGAUGAAGACAUAGGGGUAAUUUUCAUGAAAAGCUGAAGGAAAAGUGAACAAGGCCGAGAGCAUUGGUAGAGCAGAGGAUACUGUCCCUGUCAACUGUGUGGUGCUGAGUAACAUGAAUUAACUUUAUUCUGAUCUCAGUUCCACUUAAAUUUCAAAUCUGACUAGCUUCAAGCAGAAGUCUUUAAAAAAAAAAAAAAGCAAUCUGCCAUUGAAAUGCUCCUUCUUGCCUUCUAGAAAUGGAAGGCAACCCCCUUCCACUCUUGUCUCAAAAUCAUACGGCUCUGAGGUGCAAGCUGGGAAAUAUGUUAUGUAUAAAAUUCUUCUUCUUCUAAAGCUUGUGCAGUUGUAGUUCUGUACUAAGGAAGCCUGACUUCAUAGAAAUAAUAAAUAUGGGCACUAAUGGUUUCUCAAACUUCUUAAAAUACUAUUUCUGUAAUACAUACAGGCUAUGUCAAAUGUCUGAUUGGGGCAGUAUUUUAUCAAUUUUUUGAUUGGCAUGCAUUUGGGAUGACUUGCAUAACUCGUGAUGGGCCCAUCCCAUACUCAGACUGACUAAGGGUACAUUUACACUGCAAUUAGACACCCAUGGCUAGCCCACACCAGCAGACUUGGGCUAAGGCGCUGUUUAAUUGUGGUGUAGACAUUUGGGCUCGGGCUGCAGCCCUACGUCUGGGCCCUCCACACUUGCAAAAGCCCGAGCCUGAACAUCUACAGUGCAGUUAAACAGCCUCUUAGCCUGAAACCCAGGAGCCUAAGUCAGCGGGCAUGGGCCAGCCUCAGGCUUUUAAUUGCAGUGUAGACACACCUUAAAACCUCUACACUACACUGUCUUGUAUUCCUUAUAUCUAUUAUAUAAUGUUGCAGCAUUUUAUCACUGCUUGUUGCACUAAACUGUUUACGCUAAAAUUGUGCCAGCCCUUAUGUAGCUGUAUGUGUGCGGAUGGAAUAAGGAGCCUUUCCCCAAUCAUUGCCCCAGCACAAUGGGGAACUCCAGGCAGCACUGUGCCUUGUGGAGGCAAGAGCCUCCCAAUGCUCUGCACUACUCUACUACAGGCUGGGGCUAAACACAUGUAACCCUUUGUCCCUUUUCCCCUCUCAGCUAUGCUUAAAAUAUAUACAUCCACAAUGGCUGAUGUAUUUGCAAUUUGCAGGUGAAACCAUGUGGAAAAAAUAACCAUUAUUUCUGUGGGUCAAUUCAGGAGCAUAGUCCAUAGUUCUGCUUCAAAUGCAGACUCUCUCAAGGUAAACUAAAAGGAUCAGAAGGGCACAUUAGAACUGAGGUCAUGUUUCUGAGUUAUGCUGUCAUCCCAUUAAACUGAAACACAGUUCUCCCCAUUAAUUUCUUACACAAGGCAAGACAUCCCAAUUAAUACUGACACAUUUUAGAAAGACAAAUUUUCAUAAUAAACUUUGUGGCCACCUGUUAUGGGUUUUGGUACAUUAGUCAUGCUGCUUUUCAUGAUAAACAUAGUAGUGUCCUUGUCCUUGUUGCUCUUUAUUUUUCGUUUCAAGGCAAACCAGUUUUUAAGUGUAGUGUUGCUGUGAAGUGUGGAGAGAGAGGUGAAACUGUUUUUCCGGUUCCAAUCAUUCAGAGGGGAAAAAGCUGCAAUAAACUGUGCUACGAUGAGAAGUGCUUUAUUUCAGAGCCUUCUCUUGAUUACAGCUGGAAUGUCCUUAACGUGCAGCCCCAUCUCUAAUCCUAUGGCUGAUAGCACUACCCAACUUGCGGUGGAGCUCUACCAAGUUCUUCACUGUUCUCCUAAAGAGGAGAACAUCAUACACUCACCACUUGGUGUUGCUUUACUUCUUGGAACGGUGCAGUUGGGGGCAAAGGGAAAAGCACUUAAUGAGAUAAGACAAGCUUUGAAACUGCAAGGAAAUAAAGAUGGUGAAGAAUUCUCUCUGCUCCAGACACUUUUCUCUGUCACCUCAGAAAAGAAAGAAUUUACAUUUAAUCUUGCCAAUGCCCUCUACCUUCAAGAAGGAUUCAUUGUAAAAGAACAGUAUCUCCAUAGCAACAAGAAAUUUUUUCAGACUGCUAUAAAACUGGUGAAUUUCCAAGACACACAAGCUUGCACAGAGGCCAUAAGAACCUGGGUAGAAAACAAAACAGAUGGCAAAAUAAAAAAUAUUGUUUCAAGUGAAGAAUUUGGUCCCCUUACUAGGCUUAUUCUGGUGAACGCUAUUUACUUCAAAGGAGACUGGACACAGAAGUUCAGACCAGAAGCUACUCAGGAGAUGGAUUUUACUAAGAGAGAUGGUUCUGUAACUAAGAUACCAAUGAUGCAUCUUCAGCUGAGAACAAAGUUUGGUUAUUUUUCUGACAAUAAUGUGAGCUACCAGGUGUUGGAAUUACCUUACAAAGGGAAGGAGUUCAGCUUAGUUUUAACACUUCCUUCAGAAGAUGUAACUAUAGAAGAAGUAGAAAACCUAAUUACAGCUCAGCUGAUAAAAGACUGGUUUGCUGAAACACAAGAGGAAGACGUAGAAAUAAGCCUCCCUAGGUUUAAAAUAGAACAGACAGUGAACUUACAAGAAACGCUGCGCUCCCUCAAUGUAACAGAGAUAUUUAGUGGCGGCUGUGACCUUUCUGGAAUAACAGAAUCCUCUGACAUACACAUUUCUAAAGCCAUCCAAAAAGUUUGUAUUGAGGUAAAUGAAGAUGGCAGUGAAGCGGCAGCAUCCUCAAGCACGCAGAUGGCAGCGAUCAUGAGCAUAUCACAUAACCAGUUUGUGGCUAACCGCCCAUUCCUAUUUAUCCUAAAACAUAAUCCAACAGGUUCAAUUGUGUUUAUGGGAAGGCUGGCAAAUCCUGACAUUCAGAACACAAGGAGAAGAGAUAUGGAGUCACUAUAAUCAUAACAAAGGCAGAAAAAAUGUAAUGUUCUAAAAUUAAAGUCUGAUCAUUAUUGCAGCCAAA